GUCUGCGCUGUAGCCGCCAUGUUGCUCGCAGCCGAUACCAACAAUCUGUAAUUGUGUCUUCCCCAACCCCCCUUCCCUCCUCCGCCUUCUCCUUUCCCGUGGGCCCGGUCCGGAGUCGCAAGAAGGAGGAGGCAGCCGCGGAGAAAGCGAGAGCAGGGAGCAGUCCCGCUUGUUUCCAGCCGAGCCAUGUCCACCAAGGACGGUAAACACUCCACCACCGAGCGGGCGGUUAAAUCUGUACCUUUUCCCCCGACUCAUCGAUUAACAUCCGAAGAAGUGUUUGACACUGAUGGAAAGCCCAGGGUAGACAUUCUGAAGAACCAUUUAAUAAAAGAAGGACGUGUAGAUGAAGAAAUUGCACUAAGGAUCAUAAAUGAAGGUGCUGCAAUUUUACGGCGUGAGAAGACAAUGAUAGAAGUAGAAGCUCCAAUUACAGUUUGUGGAGAUAUACAUGGGCAAUUCUUUGACUUGAUGAAAUUGUUUGAAGUGGGUGGAUCACCAGCUAACACAAGAUACCUCUUUCUAGGGGACUAUGUAGACAGAGGUUAUUUUAGUAUAGAGUGUGUUUUGUAUUUAUGGGUUUUAAAGAUACUGUACCCCAACACGCUUUUUCUUUUAAGAGGCAAUCAUGAAUGCAGGCACCUUACAGAAUAUUUCACUUUUAAGCAAGAAUGUAAAAUAAAAUAUUCAGAAAGAGUGUAUGAGGCCUGUAUGGAAGCGUUUGAUUGUCUUCCGUUAGCUGCACUUUUAAACCAACAAUUUCUGUGUGUUCAUGGUGGACUAUCCCCAGAAAUACAUACCUUAGAUGACAUUAAAAGAUUAGACAGGUUUAAAGAGCCUCCUGCUUUUGGCCCCAUGUGUGACUUAUUAUGGUCCGAUCCUUCAGAAGAUUUUGGUAAUGAAAAAUCACAGGAACAUUUCAGUCAUAAUACAGUGCGAGGGUGCUCUUACUUCUAUAGCUACCCAGCAGUUUGUGAGUUUCUACAAAAUAAUAACUUGUUGUCAAUCAUCAGAGCGCAUGAAGCCCAAGAUGCAGGUUACCGAAUGUACAGAAAAAGUCAAACUACAGGGUUUCCUUCUUUAAUAACAAUAUUUUCAGCACCCAAUUACUUAGAUGUGUACAACAAUAAAGCUGCUGUAUUAAAGUAUGAAAACAAUGUCAUGAAUAUUAGACAGUUCAAUUGCUCACCACAUCCAUACUGGCUACCAAAUUUUAUGGAUGUCUUCACGUGGUCAUUGCCAUUUGUUGGUGAAAAAGUUACAGAGAUGUUGGUGAAUGUUCUGAGUAUUUGCUCCGAUGAUGAGCUUAUGACAGAGGGCGAAGACCAGUUUGACGUAGGUACAGCGGCAGCUAGAAAAGAAAUUAUCAGGAAUAAAAUUCGGGCAAUUGGCAAGAUGGCAAGAGUCUUCUCUGUGCUCAGGGAGGAAAGUGAAAGUGUGUUGACACUGAAGGGUUUAACCCCCACUGGAAUGCUGCCUAGUGGAGUACUGGCUGGAGGACGACAGACUCUACAAAGUGGUAAUGAUACGCAGCUUGCAGUACCCAGAUGGACUGGGGCACAUAUUAUUCCUUUUCCUAAUUCUACACCUAAUGCAUGCUGGGAAUUUCUUAUGCUUUUCCGCUCCUGUCUUAGUGGUUAUGAUAGUGGCAUAGUAUCUUGUGUGUUUACUUGGUGGGAGCUUAAAAUGAAUACCAGGGUACACAUGUGUGAAGUACGUUCUAUUGCUCCUAUUUCUAAAACCUUCAGAAACAAAGUCUAAAUCUGGUUACAGAACUAUGCAAAAUUCUGUAUACCUUUUUAUAGAAGCAUUUGUACUUAACGGAUUAGCUUAUUAUGGCCUGUUCACCAUUUGGUACCCUGGUAGCCAAACUGUCUGUCUGAUGUAACGUUUUAAUUAACAUCUUCUGUUACACUAUUUAUUUCCUCUGCACUUACUAGCUGGUUCCUUUGUAAAUCCUUUGUAUGUGUGUGUCUUAAGCUAUAACAGCAAUUUUCUGUCUAGUGUUAACGUUCUGUUUUGCACCAUCACCUUUUAUCUGUACUAAUAUGUACAACAUAUAUUUUUAAACCAGAUUAGGGUUUAGGGCUGUGACACACGGGGAGAUUAGUUGCCUCUCAAGGCGACUUGGGUAAAUCGCGCUGCCGCAUAUGCCAUCCCACCGGCGAUUUACAGUCUAGCCAGUGGGAUGGCAUUUCGGGGAGAUUUGUUGCACGGCAACUAAUCUUCUCGUCUGUCACGGCCCUUAUUAUACCAUGCAAAUACAUUUUAUUUGGUUUCCAGGUUAUUUUAAUUGUGCAAAUAUAUUUAGCUGAAAAUUGAAUGCAUUUGUAAAUUUGCUUAUUAAUUAAUGCCUGAUAAUUAAAUACAGAUUUUCUGAAAAUAUUUUGUUUAAAGACAAAAAGCUGUAAUUGUAAUUUGAAGCACAUAUUCUUAAGGGGCAGUUCAGUUCCCCCAAAAGAAAGGAUGUAAAUGGUCAGUAUGGGGUUAACUGAUGCACAUUAGCAACAUAUGUUUCUUUCUAGUUUGCAUAAUAUUUACCCAGAGACUUGAAUUGCUCUGUGCAGUCCAAUAAAUACUGCUAAUCAGUUGUAACUAAUAAAAACACAUAAAAGCACAGCCUCUUUCUGCCUAUAAAAUGCCUUGGCUGUUCUAUUCAGAAACUGUUUCUUUACCAAAAAUGCAAAAGGACUGUAAGUCAGUUCAGGUGUAAUGGGACCUCCCACCUGAUCUGAAGUAACAGCCUUAGAGAAGAGGAUGAAGAAUAUGAAGUCUUUAGGUUCAUUUUGUGCAAGCAUGUUGCAAAUAUGCUUUUUUACCAGAUUGAACAGCCCCUUAAGAUAUAUGUAAAUAAUGGCAUUUUAUGGAUUUUGUAUGAAGUUGUUACUCCAGUAAUACCUGUUUUCUUUCUGUACCACACUGAAACACAAACUGUCUGGUUCUCUUCAAGGAGUGUGUAUAAACAUGGUGUUAUAAAGUGUCAGGAAUGUAAAGGUCAUACAUGGGCAGAUUUAAGCUAAAGGAUUUGAGCCCUUUAGACAGAUUUGGCAGCUUCUCUGCCAGUGUAUGGGGACACCUGACUGCCCUACCCGACUGAUAACUGAUUUAAAAACGGGCAGGUUUUGACUUUAUGGGCUCAUUGUUGCAGGCCUCGCUUUUACCACUCCUAUCGAUAUAAUUGGAAUUUGAUCAUUUGGUCUUAGGGCUUAAUGUUCGAACUAGCCCAUUAUCAGCCGCCUUAGGUGGCGAUCUCACCAAGCUAGCAUCUUAAAAUGUGUGGCCUCCAGUAAAUCUCGGUGGCUUAAAUCAGCAUAUGCAGGCAAGCAGAUAAACUUAAACCUAAGGCCGAGGGCCCAUGGAGUGUUGGCUCUGCUGCUCCUUUAUGCAGCUCUGUGUAUCUGCACUGAAAAGUACAGCUUCCCCUGAGUGCAGAUACAGGGAGCAGAGCGGAGAUGGUCCUGAAAAUUGCAAAAGCAGACAUUUUCGUGGCCGAUCUUCACUCUGCACUUAGGCAGAAGCUUUACUCUUUAAUGCAGAUAGUGCUGUUUCCGUACAUCACUAAGCACGAAAUAAUUAACUUUGCACAUAUGUAUAUAAUAAGCAAUAGCCUCUUCAAAAAGGUGACCGGAAUGUGCGAUUCUUCCCAAGAAAUUCUAAAAGGAAAUCAUUGACUCUCCCCAGUCAAGUGUGAAAUGUAGAAUUAGCCAUUUCAGGUCAGAGAGAGAGGAAACAUGUUACUUCUACUAAGAAGCUGUAGCUGCUAAUGGCCAGGUGUAGGGAGUGAGGGCCGUGCAUCGCUAAUAAAUCAGGCGCCCCUUACAGUUUGCAAAUGAGGCAACAAGAUGACAAGCCAUCAUGAUGAGUUUUCAAGUGCUUUACAUUACUCUGUAGGCAAAAAUCAUAACUGCAUAAACCUUCUGCAUGUUACAAUAGGUGCAGAACAAGGAUUUAGGGAAGGAAGAUUUCCUUUAAACAUCACAAUAGUAAUAGUGUAAAAUUAAUGUUGGCCUUGGACAAGCCUUUUACUGUGUUUGUGGAAUAUCAGAAUCUAACACAUUUUUACUUUUUGUGCAUUAAUUUUUCUCUCCAUAAAAUCAGCUGCUGUAGCAAUGGCUCCAGGCUUAAGCUAAUGUUCUUUUCUCCGUGAAGGGAACACAAAAUCGAAUGCCAGCUUUUAAUUGAGGCUACUUCUCAUCUAUAGUAAAGGCAGUGUUUGGCCCAAGUACUUCCUGUACUGUCGUGACAACAGCUUUAUAUUAUACUCUUUGGAGAGUUUCACAGGCAGUACAGGUCCAGUCCCUGAGGCUUAUGCCACACGUGGCAGACUAUUGACCCGCAGAUAAACACAGGCUGAGAAUCCACCCCUACUCUUCAACCAGUGCUAUAUUGUGUCUGCACCAGAGCCAUAGUGUUGGUACAGGCUCUCUGGCAGAUUUGGGAGUCAAAAUGCAUACUAAUGUGUGUCAGAGCCAAAAUCUGCUCCUUGUGCCUGUACCCGGGCCCAUACAGUGGCUCAGGGGCAGAUACAGAAGGGAUACUGAUUCAAGCGUAAGGGCAGAUUCUCAUCCUAUGUUUAUCCACAUGCCAAGAACCCGCCAUGUGUGGCAUAAGCCUAACUGUCUCCAUAACAAAUAAGAACAAAAUAAUGACUUGAUGUACCAGUAAGUUUCAUAUGUUUGUUUGGAAAACCAAUAUUUUUAGUUUGUAUUUUGUCUCUUCCUGCUGUAAAAGUACCCUUAAUUUAAAUAGAAAUCACAAUGUACAUUUUAGCUGUUUGUAUAAGAUUUGUCAUGAAAUAUUUUGUACUCAAUUCAUUUAGCUUCAUUGUAGCUGGCUAAAGUGGGUUUCCUACGGAGCAUUCAAUGUGUGGCUACAAAAUGGAACAUAGUUUACUUUUUCCUAAUGGUAACCCCAAAUGUGAAUAUGUAAUAUUGAAUAGGAAAUUAUAUAUAAUAACUGCCUCUAAAAUCUGUGCAUAUAUUUAUCAUUGCUAGCAACUACUGUCCAGUAUCCCUGGGGUAGACUGUAUGCAGCUCUCCAUUUAUCAGCAUAUAAACAUUACUAAGAAUUCAUUUGCUUGCUUUAAUACUAGAGAUUGAUGCAUUCACUUUUUUUCCUCUUUGUAUUUACAGCCCUAACAAAGUUCACCUUGUAAGAAUCAUGUGGGGGUGGGGGGAUAAUAUGUUUAAUGACUGGGGGCGGCCAUGUAUAUUAAGUUGGUCACUGCGUUUUUUUGUUAUGCAAUAUUACACUUCUCAUCUUUCUCAUUCAUUUUGCAUGCAUCUGCUCACUUCUGUACAGCCACAGUUGAGGCAAUUGAGGCUGAUAAAGGUAUGCUUAGAGUCUUUGCCAUUUUGGCAGAGAUCUGUGGUUUUGGGGUUGGGAAUUGAAUUGUUAAUGUGUAGCUGUGACCAGGUUUAAACUUGCACAACCAGAGAUGGAUCCCUUUGUUGAUCCGUCCCCUUUCUUUAAAACCUUAACUCUAAUUGUUUGUGUUUCAGCCCUUGCCUGUAGCAUGGUAUUGUAGAGUCAUAAUUUGUUUUUCCUUUUCUUGACAGCAUUUUGUGAUCUUUUAUUUUACAUUUAAGUAGAAUGUUUGGUGUCAAUGUGUUUGUACAGAGAAGAUUUACUUUAUACAGUUAUCCUGAAAUAUGAUUUGUGCAUGACCUCAAUUGUAUCCUCUGCUGUAUUGCUCUUUUAGUGGUUGUACAUAGUACCUGGUAGUGCAAGAUUUGCCUUCAUCCUGAAGUGCUAUAAACAAAAAACUUUAGCACAGAUAACCCUUCAUACAUGUCCCAUAUACACUGCUUCUAGAUUUUCAAUAAGGGCUAUGUAUUUUUAAUAACCGUGUUUUAAAAUGUGUUCAGCAGGCCAUUCAUUGGGGUUGAUUCAGUUAGACAUAAAGCAAAGUACAUAUGAAGAUUUUCAAGUCUAUUCAGGUCAGACUGGGGGUGCCGUAGAGCCCCUUACAUGAAACAUUUCCAUCAGCUCUUUAUUUUAACUAUAGAUCCAUAUAUAUCUAUUACUCUCACAACAACAAGAUGUAGACAGUGCUGAGUGUGAGUCUUCAGUGUCAGGUUCUCUGUUGGGUCCAUUGAAGCCCAGUCUGGCACUAAAGCCUAUACACUUUGGCUACUGCAAACCAAGAAAGAUUUAGCAGAAUGCCGAACUGAAUGUGCAUACACAAAUAAGGCCGUGGAAGGGUUAAAGAGAACUGCACAUGGUGAAACAUUUUCCAUGUUUGUCACAACAAGAUCCGAAUUUUGCUGAAAAAGGCCAAACCUUGGCUAAAUCCUGGAUCCAGGGCCUCCUUAAUAUUCAUUAUUGGCUACAAGACUUAAACUUUGGGGGGAAUUCAUAAAAGUGAAGUUAGCCCUUUUUGGAGUAAAAGUGGUGAAAAAACUGGUGGAAAACACUUUCUCCAGAUUCACAAACAGAAAUCCGCCUAAACACCGAAUCAACCACCACUUUUCCGUUUUUGGUGAAAGAAAGACAGUUUACAGACACUUUCGUGAAUUUGUUGUUUAAACAACAUUUAUACGACGUUUUAACAACGUUUUUUCCGCAACAUUUUCAAAAUGGAGUAAAGCUCAGUGUAACUCUGAUCAAUUCUAAGUUCUUCUAUUUUGUUUGGUUUCACCCAGUCUCCAUUUCACACCUAAGGUAGGGGCCCCAUUGGGGGAUCGUUAACAUAUUAAUGGGGAUUAGCAGCCUAUUGUUAGGGAACAAUACGUGCAAAAAGCCUCAUUAACAUUUUAUAAACAAGUAAAACACAGAUUUAAAAAAGUUUAAUUUAUAUCUUAUAUAUAAAAAGUUUUUACUUCACAUUUGCAUGAUUAUGCUAGUUAAUCAAUGAGAUAUUAAUAACUUUUUGUGUGAAUAUAUUGUAAACAAUAUUAUUAAAAGGAAAAGUAAAGCCUCCCAGGCAAAUUUUUAUUUUUAGCAGCAGUGCCCCCUCUUUAAUCACUUCACUGACAUUUGCCCCAACUUAUCAGCAGCCAUCUUGGUGAUCAGCAAACUGCACAUACACACUGGCACCCAAACUGGGAUAUUGGGGUACAGAGUUGGACUGGCCCAAUAGGGCACUGGAUAAAAACCCAGUGGGCCCUAGUCCUGUUGGACCUCUAUUCACCGGGCAUGUUGGUGUGGGGCCGGAUUGCUGCUGACCAGUAAUGAGUAGGGGCUAGAGAAGACGCUAUUUAGACCCUUAAAUCUUGUUACAGAAGUGGAAUUACGCAGAAAUAUAGAAAACAUUAUAAAGCCCAGAUUGUCCAGGGAAACUAUACGUUUUUUUCAGGACAAACUAAAAUUACCCCUCAGGAAAUGCCCCCAAAGUGAAAUGAUAAAUGAAAUGCAAAAUCCUGCGGGUAAAAUCCUUAUCCCAAGGCUCCUGUAGCUGUGGGACUGGGUUUGGUAGCACUGACAGAUUUAGAGCUAAAGGCAAAUUUAUAGAAAAAAAUCUGGGAAAAUUGACACAAUCGGAAAACUGUUGAGAAGACAAAUUUGCAAAAGUGAAAAAAGAGGUUUGUGAAUUAGGUGGAAAAUCCAACAAAUCUAUCUCCACUUUUAUUUUUUCUCAAUAUCACCACUUUUGUGAAUUCCCCCCUUUGUCUCCUUUCAAAUAACUUUUGAUGCCUAUGGCUCCUGUAUAUUCAUCUUAGUGGUUUGUAUAAAUGUACAUUUUCAGCUUUUUGUGGUGUCUGAGAAAAAAGUGCGUAGGGUAAGCUCUGUUAGUCAGAUCCAUGGCUUUCAUUUAAACGAGACACUUCUGAUUGAAUCAGCCCCAGUGAGUUGCUGUAAGGCCUACAUAUGUAUAUAUAUAUAUAUAUAUAUAUAUAUAUAUAUAUAGAGACAUAUUUCUGUUCUUCCAUUCUAUUCCAUGACACAUCAGCACACAAACUAUAGAUGGACACGUUACAUGUAACCCUUUCACAUAAAAGCAGGGAGAAUAGUCAUGGAUUGCAUCCCACAAUGGUAUAACCCACCACUAUGGCAUAGGGACAGGAUCAUCAUCUCAAGGACUUUCCUUGUGUUUGAGGGGUGAUACUUGUGUCUGUGUGCAAGUUCGGUUAUUACUGGGAAGUGAUUUCUGACGUUUCUUUGCUUUUCCUGGUCAUAAGACCCUUCUGUAGAGACCAAAUGCAGGCAAAUAGUCACCAUUCCCUGUCAACUGCCUCUUUUAUAGCUUUAUAAGUGUUUUCUCUUGUACAAUCUGCGGGCCUCCAUCUGUUUGCCUUCAGCAGUUCCUUUGUGAAGACUACAGAUUGGACAUCCUGCUACAGAGCAGUACUAAACCCAUGGUCUUUAUGAGAAAUGUCUUCAUGUCUUUUCCUUGUUCUGAAGUGUUUCUCCAGGGAAAAGUAUCAUGUUGAUAUAGUUCUAUAGAAUAGUCCAAAAGGAAAACUGAAGUAGAAACAUUAAUUAGACAAGUUAGGAGUAGUAGACCCAGCUCAGCCAGUGAAAAUAAGUGUUAUAGAUUAUUUAGGCCUCAUUUCCAGUACAAGACUUUGCUAUAACCUGGACAGAUCAGAUUCAAAAUUCAUCCAUUUGGUCUAAAUGACAUAUGUAAAAUAAAUAAGAGCUAUUGCUGCGUGAGGCUAAUGGAUCUUUCUGUGAUUCUAACGUUUUACAUUUGCUUUUCAAGCAAUACGAGGAUUCUCUCCGCAACAUAAAAUCUGCAGUUUUGAAGAAGCAAAGGGAUUGGAUAGAAUCAAUGAAAGAAUGCCCCCAAGAAAAGACACAAGGCAGCAAGAUGGUAUUAAUUCAGUAAACACAAAUGCCAAGGAAAAUAACGGGACUGGCAACAACAACGUCCAAUGACUGCUCUUGGUCAGCGUUUACUCCCACCCUGCCUGAGAACUCCUAGAUUCAUGCUUUGUGAGAGAACAGCUUCAAUAGCCACAGGGAUCGAAACUACCCAAACAGACUGAGCAAGGUUCUGGAAUAUGCAGCCACUCCUCUGUGUACAUUGUAAUGCUUUCCAUGAGACUACCGAAUUCCUGUGUAGGAUUGGGACAUUCAUUGGGCACGUUCAGAACCUGCCGCUACCCUGGGUGUUGUGUGGAUCAUGGGAAAUAUUGGGCUGUGUUCAUGAAAGCACUUCUAGCGUUGCAUCUCACGCUUAUCAUUGUCGACACUUAAGUUUACAAAUGGAAAUCUUCUUUUCCUUCACUAGAUUUAUUGUUUUCUUUUCUGAUCAGAAAUAAAGGACAUCCCUUAAAGCUAACUAUUUAUUGAAAAGGAUUGUCUUAAAUAUGCCGAGGUUGCAAAAUUUAUUCAAAAAAAACCCUGCAAAGUGAUGAUGCCAGGCAAAUGGCUUUUUGUAAUGCCAACCUCAGGUGUAUAGAUGUAUGAAUUUGAUGUUGCGCUCUGUGUAUUAUAUGCUCUGUCAUUUUCUUUUUUUAUUAUUGAUGUUUUUGCAUAUAGGGUGGCAAAGAGAUCAUAUUUAAUUGCACCAAAUCUCUUACGGAGCUCUUUGGCACUCGCUGUCGGAAAGAUUUCUACAUAGGAACAUUUAUUACUUGAACAGAGAUCAAACACAGAUUUUAUUUCUUGACAUAUGCACCCAAACGUUUUGCAGAUUUUUGUUUUCCCCCCCCCCCCCCCCCAUCGCCCCUUCCUCCACCUUAAAGAGAAACAAAUCAGGAUGGUUCCUUCUAGGGUACUUUAAUUGAGCAUUGUACAUUCUGUUAAAGUAAAUUUUUUGAUUCAUAUCAAGUCUGUAAAGCUUGACAUUGUAUUUUGUGUAUGCAUGUUUUCUUUUUUGCAGAUAUUUAAUAUAUAAACCUACGAUGUGAAGAAAGCGCGUCGAUAGGGGACAUAAAUGUUAUUGAUACUUUUUAGUUUAUUGUGAGUAUUAAAGUUGCUUCAAUGGCUGAUCACGACUGAAUAGCUGCAAGAUUUUUACUAUCUUAACUCUGUAAAGACUAAACAUGUUCUGGGCAUAUGUUUGUGUAAAACAGUGCGGAACACGAGCGAUAAUCGCUUUGUCCGACAUUUCCAACAUCAGUGACUCUGUACAAUAAGGCUGCAUGGGGUUUCUUUUUCCUUCCCAUUUGCUAGUUAACAGAACCAGACUGCGGAAUUUGAAAUUCCAACGAUUUACUUAAGAAAAAAUGAAAGUUCUGAUUUCCAUUGUAUUUUGGUAUAGAUUUUGGCACUUUUUCUUGUUUGCGACAUCACUUGAAACUUUAAGUCUGUUAAGGUCAUCUCCCUCUCAUUCCCACAAGUGCAAACUGUACAUACUCCUCCUCGUCCAGCUCAAAGAUUUUAUGCAUGUUCUGAACUGUUGGAGAAUUUUAUAAAACUGUAGCACACAAUAAAUUUUGUGCAUGGGCCGCUGCUCUGAACAGUGUGUCAAUUUUGUAUGUUUUUUCCCUUUUUGCUUUUUAAUAUAAUCAAGAAUUUAAAAAAA